AUGCUUCGUUCCUUCCGGCAACCCAAUUCACGUACAAACAGAAAUCAUUUUUCUUCAAUUUUAACGUCUUCAACUUUUACUCAGCAUUCUAACUUCUCUUCUGAUUCACCUCCGGGUUUUGGACGUGGACGUGGACGUGGUGGGGAUGGAACAGUUUCAUUGGAUGGAAAAAUCUUUUCGUUAAGUGAAAAGCUUUGGGCAAAGGAAGUAGAGAAAAGUAAAAGUCAGAGACCCCGGGAAAGUUCACCAAAAAAUGUAAAUUUUGACCCCGCUCAAUUCGAUGACGCACUUGAGGAUCGAAAGCAUUUUCAAAGUAUAUUCGAACCAAUCAAGGAACCGUACAGACAGGAGUUGAGGGAAAGACAGCGACAAGGAAGAGAACAACGUCAUCUAUCAAAUAUACGACAAAAGGGUAACGUAUUGAAUUCAUCAUAUGCAGGUGACCGGUCUAGAAAUGCCAAAGACAAUUUCAAAAGGCGAGCUCAAGUUGAACAGUCCAAAAAACAGCAGUUGAAGGAUUUUGUCGCAGAAGAUAUCGAUUGGAAUGAUUUUACAACUUCUCAAAUCAACAGUUUGAACGAUCUUCCGAAGAACCAGAAAGACGAAGAAGCUGCGCGGAUAAUAGAGUCUCGGGAAGGUGAUUAUAGGAGAUAUUUACCUGUAUCCAAUUAUACAAGGACGAUCGUGCAUCAGAGUGAAGGCACAGAAGAAACAAUCAUGAGUCUGAAAAAUCCAAAUGAUCAAAUCUUGGAUCAAAUGGAUGUUGUUAAAAUCAUGAUUGGACAAAAUCCUUCCUACUCGUUAUCAAACAAACUAUCAUUCUACAAAACAUUGACCGAAACUCUGAAACCUUUAGAGAGAAAAAAGGUGACCACGUGA